AUGGGAAGGAAGCGGCCAAGGAUUUUGGGAAGUCUACGCAAUCCUGUUCCCCCUCGGGCUUCUUCUCCGCCAUCUGUCCAACCAAACAACAUUCAUUUCUUCCCAUCUCAGACCCCUGUGCCUCAGCCUGCCUUUCGUACCAACCCUCUUUCUGUUUUCUACCCUACCUCUUUCCCUGCCCUGAAGAACACUUCCUACUUCCCCACCUUAAUGGUUGCUAUGCCCAGCUCCUCCUGUGUAAACAAACUUUCCUCUAAGCAUCCUGAUUAUUUUACAACCCCUUCCUACCUGUCUACCUUCAUGACUCCCUCUUCUCCAAGAGCACCGUUGGAUAGUUGCCUAGACCCUCUUUCCCAUUCGGAAACAAGCUACUUUCAGCCAGACUGGCAAAUCCUUCAGGAACUGAACAAGAGUUCUCUAGACCCAGAGCUUGAAAUUGGAGGAAGCAGAUGUGACCUCACAUCCUUGGUAUCAGGGAAACUGCAGGAGGAGACAGAGACUGGGAAUCAUGACAUGGAAGAGGCUGAAGCCCUGGAUGAUCUUGAUGCCUUCACUCAGGAAACACUGGACAGAGUGAGUUGUCAUUGGUCAAGAACACAAGUUUUACCAAAUAACCAUUUUGGAAUGGAGAAAGCAGAGGUUACGACCCCACUCACCCCAUUCACAUGUCAGGAAGCUCAGACCCUCACAUUACUUUCUCUCUCAUAG